UCAAGUCAAAGUUUGAGUAGAUAACGAGCUAAUUUUGGGUAGCUUAUAGAAGAGGUAAGCUUGAUUUUCAGUGUACAUACACACUAUGCAUCAGUGUGCGUUACAUCGUGUGCUCCAGUAGCGCAACAGGUAAACAAACCGGACGAGAGAUAUUUAUGCUGUCGGUUGCGGAUUGUGAGCUUUUUUCAACAAUAGAAAGUGACGAGGUUAGGAGUCAGUAACGGUCAGCUAAGGAGUCAGCACAAAACAUUGGAGAAAGAAACUACCCAACAACGGAGUGCAGUUUAGUUCGAAUGCAUCGAAAAUAAAGUUUUUUUUUAAACGUCAAGCCGAAAACUGUUCUGCAAUGGUUCUGGAUUCCAACAAGCACAAUUCGAUGGAGCCAGACAAGAAGGAGAUGACUGAGGAUCAUCAGGCAAGCGUUUUGCGAUCUGCUGAUUUAACGCUGAAUCAGGUGCGAAAACUUCGAUCUUCUGUCGGUAACGAAUUCAUCAAGAAGAAAAUACAGACCGGUGGGAAAAUCAGUGAUCUAAACUUUUCUGCCCGUUUAACGCUGGAAGCAUUGGACAUAAAACUACACAGUGAAGGCCGUCUGAUGUUGGUCGAUGACGAUCUGCUGGCGAGGGUGACGAUCGUGAAGCCAGAUUCGUUGGAUGAAACGUGCGAUUUUGAACAGGCGAAAAAAGUUCUGCUGGAGCAGAUCCGGAUUGAGGAGGUGUUUUUCGAUGGUCUUCCUUUGAAACGAAACCAACUACGCGGGGAAUUCAUCAGUACUCUCGAAGAUGUGGGAAUGAAAUCGGCAACCGACCGUCGCUUCGCUAUGGACUGUAUUUCGUUGAGGAAAAUGUUAGAAAAGAUGCACGAUUGCGAGCGACCGGAUUAUCAGUAUGUGUGUGAAGAAAUUGUAAAAAAUCAGACAUUUUCAGCGCAGCUCACCAACGCCGCCGCUAAACUGUAUGACGUCGAAUGUUUUCUGAAAAGAAGGGGUGAACUUCUUCCCUGCAUCGGAGCUCCACAUAAAACGGAUUGGUCGGAGUUCCCUGAGGCUCUGGAGCGGAUGCUGUCAACAGCCAGUGAUGUUCAUAGAAAGCGUUUACAGGAACAAGCUCCCGAAUAUUUAUCGGGUCGUUUGGGAAGUGUUUCACCCGAAAAAAUUAUGUUGGCAAGCAGCGGUGAUGUUGGGAUUCUUACCGAUGUGGGACACAUUCUGGAUGGGGUAGAUUUUCGGAAACCUUUGGAGAACUUGGCAUGUCGCUUCACUGCUAAUGUGAAUGAUUUUGUUAUCAAUGAUUUUAGCCUGGAGAAAUCACUAAUCAAUCCAACUUUUAUUCUUCUGUGCAAAAGCCUGAAAGGGCUGCUACGAGAAAUUGUGUCAAACUCAGGCAUGACAUAUUCGGAUCUGGUUCAAACUGACACCGGCACGGGUUGGCAACCGGCACACGAGAUAGCGUGGAAUAUCGAAGGUAACUCGAGCAAAUGUUGGGAGCGUCAAUAUUAUUUUCUUUUCAAACUCCUGAAACAUUUUGAGCCUGGUUCAAACGUCGACUGGUUAUCGUUCGAACACAAACCAAGGUUUUUUGUGGGCUGCGAAAACGACAGCCUAGUGAUUGAUUCCAGUCAAACCCAACCGGAAUCAUUCAUUUGGUACUGUCUGUUGGAUGAUGCUCUACUGUCGAUUGCGCCCGGAAACCGGCUGAUGAAAUAUGAAAAUAUUUUUCAAAAAUAUGUUUCUUUAAUUCACGAAGCCAAACGGGAUCAGCUGGAAUUCGUUCGAGUCGUGAGCCAUGCUUUGGCGGACUUCAUCGCUUGUACCGUCGAGGCGAUCGAUUUGGAGAUCGACAGUAAAAUACUGCAAAAGCAAAUCCAACUGCUUAUACCGGAAAUAUCAUUCGACUCUUCGACUAAAUUUGGAUUCUGCGAAAUGGUUAAAAUUUUCACCACAUUUUGGAAUCACAGGAGAAACAUAAUAGCUACGAUUCCUGCUAAAAUCGACGCUCCAGAGAUGAGCGAUAUCCAGAAAACUUUGUUGGACAUCGUUCUGUGGGUUUCGAAGACAGAUGCGGAAGCAGACGAAUUUUUAGAUUUUUUUUAUGUUUACAAUGAUUAUGUCCUCAAACUUGCGGCCGUGCCGUUUGAAUGGCUCAUCGAAUCAAUUCCCGGUGUCGAGAUGCAAGCAAUCACCCUACUGAAGCUGAUCGAGCCAGUGGACGACGAAAAAGAUGUGGGAAUAUUUCGUGUGUUGGAUCCGCCGAAGUUCGUUCCGAUUUUACAAAUUUUACACCGUGAUGCCGCCAUUCCAAAGCACCAGGUGUGGCUCAUCGUGAUGGAACACCUGUCGCUUAUUUUGCAACAGUUGGUUCGGGACAGGUGGAUAUCGGGACUCGGUCUGUCUGAAUCCGAACAGAUUACAACAACAACUGCUUUAAUUUUAACACUCACGAAACGGCUGUUAGAUCUUCAGGAAGAACUGAAAUAUUAUUUUUUCCCAGCAAAUGAAAACUCACUAACCGACAGCGUUAGAAAUAGUAGAUCGUCAAAUGAAUUUGAGCUUCAAAUCUAUAGAAAGGAACUCAGUCAAACGUGGACUGAAACCGAAAAAGAUUUCAGCAAAUCGUUGAAAAAAUGUGACGAUUUGAACAAGCUACCCAAUCAGCAAUUGCUUCGAGACGCACUGCAGAAGUUCUCGGAGCGGUACCAGCAGUACAUGUCGAUGGCAGAGGAGUCCAGAGUCGCUCUAAUUGUACGGAAAUUGAAAGCCACAAAAAUGCUUCAUUUCAGCUGUUGGUGUGCUCAGUUCAAACAAGACCAGCUACCGAAAAUUCUCGCUGCGAUCUCUGCCCUGUGGUGUACCUUCACUUUUGAGCACUUCGAUCCGGAUGUGGAACAGUCCCCUGAACUGCACAGUUAUCAGAUCUUGAGCAUCAUGCGACUGCUCAGCGUUGAUGAUCCAGAAACGGGAGUGUGUAAACAUUUUUCGGAGAUUCCACCGGGAGAAGGAAAAACGAUGAUCGUUCGACUGAUCGCGGUUUUGCUGGCACUAACCGGGCACUCGGUACGAGUACUUUGUUGUAACGAAUUUCAAACGGAAAGGAAUCGUGUUGACCUGAAUCGAGUUUUUGCCGAUUUGGAUAUUCACGAAAGCAUCAGCUACAGCACCGUUAAGAACCUAAUCGGGUCCAGUCCCGUACUGUUCAAUGGUAAACGCGUUUAUUUGUCGGGAUUCGCCGAAGAUUCGAAUGAGUAUUCGGCAUCUGCGAAACGAAUUCUGACAGGGAAUUUGGACAGUUCCGUACUUUUGAUAGAUGAUGCAAAUAUUUUCCGCUGUUUUUACAAUCAUGUGGCAUAUCAGAACUCGCUUUCUUUAGUAUUACCUGGACUUGACAUAAUUCAAGCCAAAAUAUGGAGCUUAACGGUGGAAACGACUGGUGCUGACUCCAUCAAAGACCGUAUUUAUGAGUAUGUUCAGUCGUCAGAGUUUCCAGAGAAGGAUCGUUGGAAGAAAUUUUUGAUAAAACCAGUUCAGUUUCAAUUGCUGUCGGAAGACGAUGAGAAAAUAUCCUACACAACCGAAAGUUGGUUCGAAACGCAUCUCACUGAGAUGAUCCAGGCUGCUGGCAAAGUGCACAGAAAGGACUUACGUGACAAUGGAUGCUCGUAUUACGAGGUAUUCAAGUAUCUAGCAACCGAGGAUCGACCGGCCGCAUCUCCGGUAUUCGGAGAUAGAAUCAAUUAUGGAUAUCUGACAAUCAAAUUACCUUCUUUAGAUCCCUCAGCAGUACUCAGCGACUUUCCACUCGUUUUUGGGGUAUUCGGGACCACUUUCGACCAAGCGGAGAAGUCUUACCUCGAACAGACUGGCAACAUCAAACAAUGGACGAAAAUGCCGUCGGUGUUCGGUGAUUCGAAGCUUCUAUUUGACAAGGAUACUAAUUUCUGUUGUCUGGACAAUAAAUUCGACUGGAUGGAUAAAAUUUUCCGUAGAGCAAAAACGGCAGUCAAGGCUCAUCGGUCGGUUUUGAUAGUUUUCGUCGACAAACAGCGCCUAACCGAGUUCGAAAACAUAUACGGCAAUCGACUCAGUCAAGUAAACAUUCUCUCCGAAAGUACGCCCAACGUCGAAAAGCAGCGAGUUCUGAACGAGGUAGGCGUGGCCGAAACCGUUACCCUGGUACACUGGGAAAUGGUUCCGGGUCUGGACCACCAAUCCAGUAGGACCGUGGAAAAAUCCGGGGGAGUGCACGUGAUUCAAACGUUUUUCUCCGCCUACGUGACGGAGGAGAAUCGUAUCAAGAAACUGACAGCCCGGCGUGGCAACAAAGGAAGUUAUGAGUUGAUAGUUACCACAGCAACGUCUGGUUUUUGUAAAAGUUCCUACAAUGAAUGUAACACGAGUAGAACGAGGGUAAGCCAGAACAGGUUAAGGAAGCUGCCAAGAGUUCACUCUAAGCUUACCGAACAGAACGCGGUUUUGCGAUCGAUGGUGGAUGUGUUCAAGUUUUAAACAAACGAAAAACGAUUCAAGUUUUUCAAGACGAAAUGAUUACCUCCGUUGGGAAACAGAAAGUAAUUGUACCAUUUUUGCUCAGCUGAUUUUUGGCGAUUAUUCUACUACAACCGGAGGAUUGCGUUGAAACCAGAGCCGAAACCUAAGUUGCUAUCUAAAAGAAGCAAUAAUGCAGCAAAAUUAGUAUGUGAAAUGUACAAAAUUUACCAAUUUUUAUGUUAUUUUUAAUGGCUUCAAUAAAUAGUUUCCAACAUGAAGGUAAACGAUGUA